AUGCUCGAGGAUGUGGAGCGCACUCCCACCAAGACGUCGUAUGACCAGGACUACGAGUCCGAAUUCACCGAGCAAGAGCAGAAGAAGAUUAUCCACCGCAUCGAUAGGCGUCUUGUCGUGACCGUGGGAGUCCUGUACUGCAUCUCGUUGAUGGACAGGACGAACUUGUCGGCAGCAUCAGUUGCUGGCAUGACCCGUGAGCUGAAGCUUGCCCUUCCGUUCCCAGCUGGAAGCACAGUCUCGCGGUACUCGGUCGUAACCCUUGUGUUCUUCACCACAUAUAUUUUCUUCCAACCGCCGUCGACUGUUCUGAUCCGCAAACUUGGCCCACGCCUCCAUCUAUCCGUCAUUACCACUGCAUGGGGCGCAGUUAUGAUUGGUAUGGGUUUCGUGAAGAACUGGCAGGAUCUCGCAGGUCUCAGAGUCGUCCUCGGCAUAUUAGAAGCUGGCUUCUUUCCGUCAUGUGUGUAUCUUCUCUCGACUUGGUAUACCCGUUUCGAUGUCGGCAAGCGGUACUCGGUCUUCUACAUGCUCGGAAGUUUAGCCUCAGCAUGCGCGGGUAUCCUCGCCUACGGCCUCAUGCAGUUAGGCGGCAAGCCCUCGUCCUGUGCAGCGCCCCCAUGCCCAGGUCACGCCGGUUUGACAGGCUGGAGGUGGAUUUUCAUCAUUGAGGGAGCUCUAACCUGCGCCCUGGGCCUCGGCUCCUACUUCGCCUUGGUCGACUUCCCGGACAUGGCUCACAAGAGCUGGAAAUUCCUGAAUGAGCGCGAGGCAAAGUUUAUUAUUGCACGCGUCGAUCGGGACCGUGGGGACGCGAAACCCCAGCCAUUUUCAGCCAGCAAGUUCUUCCGCGCUGGGCUUGACAUCAAGAUUUGGGGCUAUGCCAUGAUCUUCUUCAACACCACCUCCGUCACCUACGCCCUCGCUUACUUCCUUCCAAUCAUCCUGAACGAGAAGAUGAAGUUCUCCGUCGCAGCCUCCCAAUGCCUCGUCGCGCCGCCCUACGCCCUCGCCGCAAUCGUCAUGUACGCCACCGGCUGGGCUGGGGACAAGUAUAGGAUUCGCGGCCCCAUCAUAAUCUUCAACAUGCUUCUGUGCCUGAUCGGGCUUCCCAUCAUGGGCUUCCACAAGAAGGCGUCGGUCCAGUACUUUGGCGUGUUCCUUACGACAGCUGGCGCAAACAGCAACAUCCCCGCUGCGAUGUCGUACCAGGCGAACAACAUUCGUGGACAGUGGAAGCGCGCGUUCUGCUCGGCAACACUGGUCGGUUUCGGUGGCAUCGGCGGUAUCGCUGGAGGUCUCGUGUUCAGGGCGCAGGACGCUCCGAAUUACAGGCCGGGCAUCUAUGCCUGCAUUGCGUGCUGCAUCCUCUCGAUUAUCAUCGUUGGUUUGUUGACGUUGAAGUUCCAGCGCUCGAACUCGAAGGCGGAGCGCGGCGACGUCGAGCUCGAGUAUGAUGAUGAGGAUGACCAGCGAGGCUUCAGGUAUACCAUCUGA